UCCUCUGUCUCUAGUUCAACACAUACUCAGAAACAAAACCACAAGUUUUGAGUGUCACUGAAUUGCUCAUAUUUUAGGCAAUUAAUCAUCUGAUAGUAGAAAAAAAAGAGGAAAACCAGGGAAGAAAUGGCAUGUGCAUCACAGGCUAUGAAUAUGAUAUCAGCCAACACAUGCUCAUUCACUUCUCCAAGACUUCUCAAGAAAUACCAAUCUUUUAAUAGGAGAAGUUUGAAGCUUUUUACUGUCAGAGCUGACUCUGAUGAUGCUGACUGCAAUGAUGAAGAAUGUGCUCCUGAUAAGGAGGUUGGCAGGGUGAGUAUGGAAUGGUUGGCUGGAGAGAAAACUAAGGUGGCUGGGACAUUCCCACCGCGAACUCGUGGUUGGACAGGGUAUGUUGAGAAGGAUACUGCUGGACAGACAAAUAUUUAUUCUGUUGAGCCUGUAGUAUAUAUAGCAGAAAGCGCAAUAAGCUCAGGAACUGCUGGUACUUCAUCUGAUGGAUCUGAAAACGCAGCAGCAGUUUCUGCCGGCAUUGGCCUACUGUGUAUCGCUGCAGCUUCGUUGAUUCUCUUCCUAGUUGGUAGGGCCCCAACCCCCCCGAUACAGACGGCUGAGUACUCUGGACCAUCUUUAAGUUACUAUGUCAACAAGUUCAAACCAGCAGAAAUAGUCCAAGCUGCAGAGCCAACCCCGGUUGAAUCCUCCCCUUCUGUGGAGCUACCACCCGAAAUCUCUGCACCAGAAGUUUCUGAGACACAGGUUCAACCUGAAAGUCAGCCUGAGUCUACCAUUUCAAGUGAAAACAUUGUCUCUUAGGCUAAUUAAGAUCUCUUUGAACUGUAGAUUUUGAAUUUUUACACUGAUGUAUAGUAUAUUCGAGGUUUAUUUUGCACGUUACGAGAAAAUGAAGGGCAACAGGAGAGGGUUUUGAUUCA